AUGGAUCAGACCAGGGUCCCUCAGUCAAGCAGCGGGGAAUGUUCUCAAGCUCGGCAUUCCAGCUGGGAGAGUACAAGCUCAUCCACAGACGAGUCCUGUCAAGCCAACGAACCGACCCGCAGCAACCACGAACAGAAGUUUGAUGUAUUUCUUAGUCACAGCGGUAAGCAAAAGAUUCCUGCAAGGCAGCUUUAUAGAGACCUGACAAACCAAGGUGUGUCAUGCUUCUUUGAUCAAGAUCGUGAAAGCUUGCCAGUGGCAGAAGAUUUCCCCUCUCGUAUAUUUGAAGCUGCUAAGACAUGCAAAGUAGCAGUUUUGAUUCUCUCUAACGAUUUCGUCGAAUCAAAGUGGCCAAUGUUAGAACUCGCAGCUUUCGUGGAAGCGAAAGACAUAACCCGUUCAAAUCUCAAUAUCAAAAUUUUACCAGUGUUCUUCCUGAUUUCACCGGAUGCUAUUAAAAACAUUACAGCAGACAAUGAAAAGUGGAAACAGUUGGAGAAAUCCGGUGAAAAACGAGCAGAGUGGCACCAAGCUUUGAAUGCAAUCCGGCGAAUCAAUGGGUUAACGUUCAAUGAAGUUGGCGAUGUAGCGGAGUUCAGUGAGCAAAUUGUGAAAGAAAUCUGGCACAUACUUCCAGCACCCUCAGCAAGGUAUCAUGUGCCUCACAUGCAAGGAGAAGUACGGAUGUGUCAGGAGGUUGCACAUUUCUUCGACAGAGUUCAGCUCAACGAAAGGGGAAUCCGUAUCGCAGGAUUGUAUGGAAUAGCGGGCCAGGGAAAAACUACACUUGGCAAGGCUUUCUGCAAUUACAAAUUGGGGGAUUUUGAAGGUAAAGUAUGCCAUCUAGAAUUUUCUAGAGGUGAUUCAGUCGAGAGAAUAAAACUUGCCCUGCAGUAUCUCACUCACCGCCCUCAAUCGCAUCUCCAAACACUGACAAUCCAAGAUGAGGCACAAAAUGAGUUAUAUACCAGACUGAGGGGCCAUAGGGGGAAGGGCCAAAAGGCAUUGUUGGUUCUCGACAAUAUCACAGAAGAAAGCAUAGACGAAGUGACAUAUUAUCUUCGGGCAGACUUCGGAGAAAAUAGCUGCAUCCUUUUGAGCGCUCGAAGUGUAGAUGUUCUGACAAAGCAUUUCAAUAUAGACUCGCAGUCAUGCAUGCGUGUCCCAAGGCUUGAAGAGGAAGAGGCCAUAGCCAUCUUGGUGAAAAGGGCAUUUCCAGGAGAGUCAAAGUUAGGGGCAGAGGACAGAGAUUUCGCUUUGAAGUGUGCGAACAGAUGUUCGUUCAAAGAGACCAACGGUGACAUUUAUCCGAGAGCUCGAACAUUUCAUCCGUUGGCCUUAAAAGCUUUUGGCAGAUAUCUUUUGGGUAAAAACGGGUCAAAUUUGUCAAAAUGGGUUGCUGAGAUAGAUUGCACGGUAGACGGGUAUGGUGAUGGCUUGGUUGAAGUGUUUAGUGUGCUGCACAAAGCUUUUAGUUGUAUGCAUCCGAAAUACCGUACAAUAUUCAUGCUUCUCACCGUGUAUAUGCUGCCCAAUAUGACUCCCGGCAAAGUCAAGGAGUGGCUGGCAAUAAAUUGCAACGAAGAGAUCUCGUUCAUUGAGAAAGCAGUUGAGAAUCUAUGUAAGAAAGCUUUCAUUGAAGAAUUUGAACCUGAAAUCCGUAUACACGACCUUUAUGUUGAGUUUGCUCAGAGCAAAGCAAAUGAAAUGGAGAGAUGGCUUUGGUGGAAGAAGAAAGACGACCAAUGCAGUAGACGUGGGUUAAUAGCACAAGAUAGUGCAGGGUUUGAACUGGCUAAGUUGCAGCAAUGUCGGUAUCGAACGAUCGCUCCGGACUACCUUCGAAAUCUAUUGGUGCUUCAGCUCGUAGAUGUGCAUAAUUUAAUCAAGCUUGACUUGGGCCAGAUGAACAAACUCAGAAGUAUCACAUUACGGGAUUGCAAAGCUCUGGCGACAGUUGACGGGCUGCCAAAUUUGUUAGACCUUGCGUGGCUUCAGAUAGGAGGGGUGAAUCCAAUGUUUAGACUUCCUGAGCUAAGCAGCAUCGAAGGGUUACAACAUCUUGAGAUCGACAUUGCAGACAGCCAGGUGCUUGAUCAGCUGGGAGAUCUUACAAAUUGCUUUUGUCUCAGAGAGAUUAAUGUUCGCUGUCCAUCUCUCUCGGAGUUCCCAAGGUUAAGUGGUAUGCCGCAUUUGGAGAAAGUAGAAUUUAGUUUGUGCGAAACUGUGCAAGGGAUCCUUGACUGUACAGAAUGCGUGGAGCUUCAAAGUAUUGUCCUCAACCGUUGCUGCCAGAUGUCUUCCUCACCGCUCCUCGCUGGAUGUAAGAAACUAUCUAAAAUCGUUUUGUCGGAAUGUGAUGCAGUGACGGCAUGUACAGAUAUGUGCGUGCCAAGUAGUCUUAAGACACUAGAGUUGUUCAUUUCACCCGAAGCUGCUUCGGUACCCAGAGAUUUAGAGUCUUGUUAUGAACUAGAAAAUCUCCAACUAUGGAAUAUGGGGGAACUGAAAAAGCUUCCAAGUUUCAGAAGCUUUUCAAAUUUGACUGUGCUCAAACUUGGCAAGUGUGGUAUAAGGCAGCCACCCAAUCUUACAUGUUGUGUCAUGUUGGAGAAUGUUUACUUUUUCACACUCAAAAAUUUAGAAAGCUUUCCCAACUUCUCAUUGCUGAGGAAGUUGAAAACAUUAAGUUUAUAUAACUGCAGGAGGGUUCAAGAUCCACCUGAUAUUAGUGGCUGCCAUCAAUUACAGGUAUUACAUCUAUUGUACAGUGAUAAUAUGAAAGGACUUCCAAAGAUGGAUGAGUGCGCACAGUUGGACGAAAUAAAAGUUAGUUGGCAUGGUGAGGAUGAGGUCACAUACGAUGGAAUUGAUCCCGACAGUUGUGAAGUGGAUGAUGACUUUCAAUCUUGUCUGGAGCAUUUUGAAGACGAGAUCCCAGUAGAAAACUUAAAUGAUGUGUUUGUCCCGGAAGAAUUGAGGGGGUGGCAGAGGAUGCAAGAACAGCGGUGGAUGCAGCGUAGAACAAUGCUGGCUAAGAAGUAUUUCCGAGGAGUGAAGAUGUAUUACUCUAUAACCACUCCAUAUGAAGCGUAUAAAAGCUCGAAGCUUUACAAGCCAAAUUAUAUUACUCUCAGAUUGAUAAAUAGCCAAGUGCUAGCUCUCCCUACUCUGGGCAGAGUUAGUAAAGAUCGUGACUGGUUGAAUAAAGAUCGCGACUGGCUGAAGAAAGUGCGGGAGUAUUUUGCUGGAAAAAAGGUUUCCGUUCGUACAUGUGCCGCCUCCGGUAAGGUUUUGAUGCCAGCUCUAAAUGAUUUAUUGGUAUAA